GUGCAAGAGGACGCGGAGCGAAGCGGCGCUGCUCUGUCGGUCGGUCGUUCAGUCUGUCGGUCUGUCUGUCUGUCUUUCUCUCUCUCUUCGUCUCUCCCCAGGAUUUAUGGACUUUACUUUCUAGAGGGCGGCGCCGCAAGGAUGAGAACCCAGCUGUUGUGUGUCAUGCUGCUGGCCUUGGCCUCCUGCAGCUUCUGCUCAGAUUCAGAAGAGGAAAUGAAAGCGUUAGAAGCAGAUUUAUUGACCAAUAUGUACACAUCAAAGAUUAACAGAGCAAAACUUCCUUACUGGAAAAUGACCUUGCUAAAUGUCUGCAAUCUUGUCAACAACAUAAACAACCAAGUGGGGGAUACAGUAGAGGUAGAUGAAGAGGAUCUCGUUUCAGGAAGACAGUUUCCUGCUGCUCUGGAUGGCUUCAGCUUGGAAGCAAUGCUGACAGUAUAUCAACUUCAAAAAGUUUGCCACAGCAGAACCUUUCAGCAUUGGGAGUUACUUCAGCAAGAUGCUUUUGAUCUAGACACCUCAAGCCAAGACAAGGAAAUAAUGAAAAGAAAAAAUCCCUAUAUUCUGAAACGGCAGCUACAUGUGAACAAAGCUAGAAGACCAUACAUACUCAAAAGAAGUUCAUAUUACUGAUGCAGCAGAAGAAAAAAAUGUAUAUUUAGUUUCUAGGUUACUGUGUGUUAUGGUUAUCUUAUUUAAAUCUAAAAUCAUAUUUGUGUGAAAAUAUAUUAUGGAAAAUCAUCAGGUUGAUAACAUAACUGUCUUUUUUGCAAUUGUUGUUUUGAUUGUGAUUUUUCCUACUUGAGAUUAAUUGGACCAAUACAUUUGCAAAUAAAUUAGUUUCUAAGCAUGAUGUAUUGUACAAAACUGAGAUUUCAGUGUAUUUCCAACAAUAUUGUAGUCUUUUCCUAUUUUAUAAAGCACAUCAACAUAAACUAAGUAAAAUUGAUACUGUUCAUAAACCCUACUGAGAAUCUUACAAUUUCCUAAUGGAACACCUCAUAUAUACAUUUGAAAAUUUUUAUAUAAUAUACUAGUCAGAACUAGCACAAUAUUUUAUAUAUUGGCCAGUUGAAUUUAUUAGGGAUUAGGUCGAAGGAAAGAAACAAAUGCUAUCAUCUAUUAAAUGGAAGUUUCAAAAUUCAUGUUUUAAAUAGCCUGCAUGUAAAUGAAUUUUUAUUUUUUGACUCUUAACUUGCCACUGAAUAUUCAUAAUUUAAGAAAACUAUACAUAAAUGAGACUUCAAGAAAAUAUGCUAGUGAGAACAAACCCUGCUUUAGAGUCUUGUGUAUCACUGACUAAAUAUGAAAAGAGUUUAUUAAAUCAGUAAAAGAAUUUACAGUGUUUACCUAAUGAAUGAAUGCUCAGGAAAAAAAAAUAAAGAAAAAAAAUAAAAAAGCUGAUUUAUGCUCCUGUGCUGUCACUGUUAAGAUACUAAACUGGUUAUAUGGGAAACUUGAGAGAGAGAUUUAAAAGUGGAAUUAAAAUUAAAGCAUCUUUAACUACUUACAAUUAAAAGGCAUUUCCUUUCCCUCCCUCUCUAUAUUUGUAAUAAAACCAGGCAGUGUCAGGGGUUAAAGGCAGUCAUGGAAGCUGAUUGAGAGGGAAGCUUCCAGCAUGGAAAAGUUUGUUUUCAAGCCAUGAGGAAUCAAAUGCCACCUGAAGCACAUUUUCCAUCUCUGUGUCUGUGAUGUGUACAUAAAACUCAGAAUCCCAAUGAUCCAGGUUCCAGUGUUGAAGAAAACAGCCUGAAGGAACUGGGGGUCACAACAACAGUGAAAAUAGAGGGAUAGUCUAAGACCCACAAAGCCUGGAUGCUCAAACCAGGAGGCAAAAACUGUCAGGCAUUGCUUUUGAAAACCUACCUGUUUUCUGUUUGAGGUACUUUUUCAAAGCAAUGGUGUUCCAACAGACUGUCAGAAAAACAAAACAAAAAAGCAAAACAAAAACAAAACAACCACUCAGAGAAUUUCCACAUCCUCUCACAGGUCAGGUUUUCUGUCAAUUAUUAUUAAACAUAUACAGGAAUAUGCAUAGAAAAAACAUACCUAUACCAGUGGUUAUACCAACUCUCUUACGUGAGAGAGAUGUUGGAUUUUUUUCACAGUAAAAUGUAUUUUUACUAUAUGAGAGCUAAUUAUAUUUUAUUUUCUCACUGCAAAUGUUAUUAAUCAGUUUAUUUCUUCAGUAGCCACUAAAUGCAUGUGCUCAUAGGAUAUAACUGAGCAUAUACUAAUAACUGUAAUAGUCAUUAUGACUUGAGUACAGGAAAGCACUUAAA